CCCCGGAAGAUCAGAGGGAGUUUCUUUUCUGCACUACUGCUGUUCCUUCAUUGUUUUGUUUUGUUUGUUUGUUGUUCUAUCUGAAUUGCAAAAAAACUCAAGCAUAAUCUAUAUUUAGCCUAAAUCUUACCAACACUUCUUUUACAGGGUAUUGCGAUAUACGAUAUAAUUUUUUUUUUCUCCUUCUUCCUCAUUGACCAACGUUUACAAUUUCCUUUUCCAUAGAAAGAUCAUAGAGAAUAUAAAAAUACUCACCUAACGGUUUGCAGAGGACAAAUAAACACAGAUUCUGAGCUUGUUGCGGUUCAUAUAAAGAUUCUCAAUGAAAAACUGGAAUUCCUGUUUUUUCAACUUUUGGAUUAGAAGAAAAUUGAAUUGAAUCACUGUUUGACCUUUGUGAAAACCAAGAAGUUUUUUGUUUUUUUUUUACCUGUAAAUUUGCUUUUGUGAAGAUGAAAUUUACAAUAGGAGAGUUGUCUUCUAGUAGUCCAAAUGGUAUGUAUUUCAAAGUUAAUAUAAAAUUUUCAUCAAUAUAGCUGUUGCUAAAGAUACAUGUUAUUCCAGAAGAGUCUCACAACAGGGGCAGUACCAAAGUAAGUGACCAGCAGUCUCAGGGGCGCUGCAACAGAAUGUACAACUGAUAUCAAUAUCUUUUUUUUUUUUUUUAAAUAUCAUAGCUGGGUAACAAUUGUGAAUAAGUUUAAAAAGAAACUAUUUGUUUAUCUGUCUUAAGGAGAUAAAGGCCAGGAUGAGCACAAAUUUUCCUGCACUUAAACUGAAGCUCUCCUUGUUGGCACUCAACAAGGUUGUUGGUGUGUUUGAUUGUAAGAGUGAAAAUGAAGGAAAAUAUUUUAUAAUAAAUCUCUUAUUUUUACUUGCUAAAUAUCACAUCCACAAAAUUCCUGCCUGAAUUAACUCAAUGAAUAUGUGGACUCCAUAAAAUAUUCAGAGCACUUUAAAGCUCUAAGGACCUCAGUUAUACAAAACACUUGUGACCUCGCAGGACUGAUAUUGAAACAUCUUUGAAGUUGGUGCUAUAAUUUGAACUUUUGAAUGAAGCCUCGUUGGACUUCCAUGGACAUUUUGCCUGUACCAAAUUGUUAUUUGUCUUUUUUUAUGUCGUCGUGUUUUAUAUGUAUCGUAUAUGAUGUUGUUGUUAAUAAACUUUUGUUUUUUUAUUACAAAAAGACGACGAUGAGGCAGUGUCACUGUUGAGUUAACCGUAAAGUGUCUAUUAUGUAGGAAAUUGGGAACGAGUGCGUAAGGUGGUGAUGUCUGGCUGAAUGUCAGCCUGAAAAAAGAGGCCUUUACCUCCAAAUGGAGCUUUUGUUGACGGUCGCUAACGAGCAAGUGGACAUUAAACAUUUCAGGAAAUGGACGUUGUUUUUCUGGAGGGAGAGAUUCCUCCCGUUACCGGACUACAAGUAACAUUUUCAUCGAGGAUUUUAACGUCUCCUCGCUGCGGGACGUUGGGUGGAAAACGGAGAGACUGAAACAUGGUAUGGCAUCUGAAACAUAUCAGCCACAGAUAACAUCACGAAGAAGGAACACGAGAAGCUCGAAAAAUUCCCAGGGCAGAAAGAGGCCGCCCACACCAAGACCAAGCUGUGAUACUGCAAAUAUGGUGGGAAGCAAUUAACUGUAAACCGUCAGGUUCCCUGUGAGGUGCUGCUGGACGACGCUUAAAACUGACGUGGAAAGGUCCGUUCCAGGUGCUGCUGUCAACCACAACAUCCCUUAAGGUCGAGGGCAGAGCAGAAUGGGUCCAUGCGUUGAGGUGCAGACAGGCUCCCUCAUCCGUUCACGAGGAAGGGAAAAGCUGUGGUUCCUCCUCUUCCUCCUGUUGAUUGAGCUCGGGCAGGUGGAUGCGCAGAAUAAUCCAGAGUAUCCACACAGGGGACGCUCUUUGCAGUACGUUUCAGAUCAGUUGAAUUCUGAACCAACAAAGGACAAAGGAUUGACGUGCACCUUCACGCUUAGCAGCAAAACGGGCCUCAGGUGUUUCAACUCGUCUGGUCCGCUGGCAGAAAAGGCCACAGUGCUGUUUGAUUUCCAUUCUAACCAUGUAAAUCUCUGGAAUAGAGGGGAUCCGCAUACACCCCUCCCCCCCUGCUCCUCAAUCUCCUCCUUUCCUAACUCCUCCUGCCUGGUCUGUCUGGACCAUCAGGACCAUCAGGACCAAAGCGUCUGUGUUGUCUGUUGUAACCUGGCAGACAAUGUGGAGGUGAAGAUGGAGGCUGGAGACAACAACGUCAAAAUCUCAGAGUUCGAAUGCCAAAGACUUCUCUCUGAUGAUGUUCACUCAGGACAGCUGUCUGCUGGAGUCAUCGCUGCCAUCGUCAUGGUGUUCAUCUUCAUCAUCAUCAUCAUCAUCGCAGGGGCGGUUGGCUACAAAUAUCGGAAACGCUCAAAAACUCAAAAGGAACCAAAUGAGUUCAACAUGCACCCGAUCCCUCCAGAUGGAACAACUCAGGUCUUGAUGGAGGAAGGUGGUGAAAACAACAUCAAGGAUGACGACUGAAUACAUCAGAGCUCAACAAGUUAUUCCUCACUUUUGUAAUAUUUCCUACUUUUUAAGUAUAUUUUAUAGAUGAUGUAUUAAUAUUAGAAGCUUCUAGUGCUCGAGCACAAAGAGCAAAGAUAGAAAACACGCACAUUUUUCAAUCUGCAGCUCAGAAGGUCAAAUCAUUACUCAAGCUAGAAUGCAUGCAGAGGCGGGGCCUGUGAUAGAUCCUCUGGAUAUAUCCGCUCGCUUGUGAGAUUAUAUUGACUGGAAAGUUCUAAUUUUUCUGAAUAAAAUGAGCUAUAGCACUCGCAGGUUUGAUAUACAUUUGACUGACAAAACAUACUUUAUUAGGUCAUCAUACCAUUGAGUUAUUGCCUACCUAUAAUGAGAACAAUGAGGGUUUUAUAGCUACAUUGUCAUCAUCUUUUCAAAUGCUGAAAAUCAUAUUUUAAAAGUCAAAUUGGCUCAAAGUUUGAUUAUUGUGGAGGUUGUAAACAAUAUAAACAUUAUAAAUGCAGCAGUAGUGGCAGGUUAGUGUGUAGCCUGAGUGAAAUUAUGUAAGCUGUGUUUAGGCAGGUGAAAGACAAAUGGAAAAACAGACAUAAAUGACCAACUGACAGUACUGGCAACUGCACAUGUUUUUGUAAAGAAUCUGAUAUUGUUAUCAAGAAUUUUCAUAUCACUGUAUCUCACUUUUUUUGUGUGUUUGACUGCUGCAUGUAUUCAAACGAUGUACAAUAAUUGGUAAGAUCCUUUCUUGUCACAACUGUUGCUUCCUUUAUGGUGGAAUUGUCCUUAACUUUUGUAAGUUUAUGAUUAGUAUAAUAGUUUUUGUGCAGCUGCCACAGAGACACAAACUUCUCAAGUUCUUAUUACAAUUGGAAAGGAUCACACAUUGGCUUGAUCAAUCAUGUCUGAGUUUAAAUCUAAACAAG